AUGGCAGCGCUGCUCGACUAUGGCGCUGCCCCAGAUCACAAACCCCAUAUGCAUCCGUUCUUCCAGAAAGCUACCGUAACCCACGCCUCAUCCAAUCGUCCUGCCACUCCAACGCUGGGAAGUGAGGGCACGGUUGAAGACGACUCUACGAACUACGACGAAGACGCUGGUUACACCUCUAGCAAUGCCGCCCACACGGAGCCCGCGGAGGCUACCCCUGGAGGGAAGUGGAGUGUGGAUGAGGGUGACGACCUUGAAUACGAGAAUACCAGAAUAAAACGACGAAGAGUCUCUGUCGGCCAGGGGCAUCCACUCUCUGAGACAACGAAAACUUCAAAUGCAGAUCAAACUACGUUGUACGACCAACUUCAAGCUGCAGCAAAGACAUUUGAGGGGUUUGAGCCACCCCUGGAUUGUGCUGAGGAUCAGAUAGCCGCGAGUGAAGAUUUCGUGAGCGACAAGGAGGAUGCGAAUUACUCACUGCCACCGAUCUUAUCUGAAGAUAGUGUUUCUCAGUUGAAAAGGCCAACUCCUCCUGUUGAGGCUCCUCUUGACGCUUCGUCAGGUUCGGUUAACAUCGACCUCACAGGAUCCCCAGAUCAUCACCCUCAUUCAACCGACGGCGCAAUGGAUGACCACUUCUCCAAGAAAAGCAAGCCCUGUCCACCUUCCAGUAACAAGGUUUUGCGGACUGGUCACGGUAAACUCGUCUUUUCGCCCAAGAAGUCACCGAAACGUGCGUCAGGGACUGUCUCAACCGACGCGAGUGGGGAGACCAGUGAUGCGAAUAAAAAUACCAAUAGAUCCAAGAAACUGCAGAUGAAGAACGGGAAGUUCGUUUCGUCAUUGCGGGUUACGUUGUCAUACUCAGCGCCAGAGUCCGCUCAUAAGAUCAACGACAUCUUGUCCGGCAAGUCUGAAAAGAGCGGCAUUCAAGUCCAGUCAGCUCAGGCAGAGUUAGCACGGAAAAUGCCCUCUACGGGCAAGGGAACGCACCCAUUCUUCCUGGGAAGAUUGUCAGGCAACACUCAAAAGCAAUCCGACCUCAAAAGUGAUACCUCCUCGGACGAGACCUCGAAGUCCAAGGCACCAAAACCCUGGAAAGAGAUCGUCUUCGAAUCCAAGAGGGCAUUCCAGAACAAAAAUGCAUCUUUGUUGCAUCCCGUAUGGCCUCCGACUGACAUUCAACAUGUACGACCGAGUCAGGUUCCAAGUGAUGCUGUCACAGUUCGGACGCUUCCCAUGCCACGGCCCAAGUACAAACAUGCUCUGCGCGUCAAUGCGGAUGAAGAUGUACUUUGGAACUUCUCUCGGCGCUUGAAGCAGGGAGUCGAUGAGGCUCUCGUUCGCACUCCCGAGCGAAAGGUCAUGAGUGGCAAAGAAUUAGCAAGACUAGCAGGAACGCUGUACGAGAUGGACGAACCCUUGAACUGCCAGUCAGCUUCAAUUUCGCGUCUGGAAGCAGUCAUCGAAUCGACACGCAGUUUUUUUGACAGGGGCAUGGCCGCCGGACCUCAGCUGUGGUGUCACGAGUACGCACCCACUUGUUGGCAAGAGGUCUUGGAACCGCAGAGUAAAGUUUUGCAUGACUGGCUGAGUAAUUUGAAAGUACAUCAGGUCCAAACGGGCAAGUUGCAACCGAAGGCGAAGCCUCCAACUCCCCAAAAGCGACGCAAGAGGAAAUCGGAUGAGAUGGACGACUUCAUCGCAGACUCGGACGACGACGAUGCUCGCUCGGCAGCGAGUGGAAAGAAUGCAAUCCUACUCACGGGCCCGCCAGGCUCGGGAAAAACUGCCUCCGUCUUUGCCGUUGCACAACAGCUAGGUUUCGAGGUGUUUGAGAUCCAUCCAGGUAUGCGACGAAGCGCAAAAGACAUCCAGGACAAGGUAGGCGACAUGACGCAGAAUCACCUGGUUCAACACUCCGACACACCGAGUCGAAGAUCAAGUAUAUCGCUUGAGGACCGAGACACGGGCAUCGCUACUUCUGGGCCCCCGCCCGAAAAUCGCAACCCUCUCACACAUCUCAUAGGUCUCGGCAAGGGUGGCAAGCAGUCUAAAAUCGCCCAAGCGAAAGAGGUCAAAGACUCCAAGACCAAGGCACAGAAGCAAUCUCUCGUCUUGUUUGAAGAGGUCGACAUCCUUUUCGAGGAGGACAAGGCCUUCUGGAGUGGCGUUCAGUCACUUAUCCGAACCUCAAAGCGUCCGGUCAUCCUCACGUGCAACAGUGCCGACUCCGUGCCGCUGGCCGAACUGGAUCUUUUUGCCAUCUUGCGCUAUGGCUGUGCCGAGCCGGGCCAAGCUGUACAGCUUCUGGGAUCCAUAUGCGCUGCUGAAGGACAUCUUUUGAGUAAGACAGCCUUGCAGAACCUCUACCUCACCAAAGGCCACGAUCUCCGUGCGUCAAUAAUGGAGCUUAACCUCUGGUGCCAAAUGACAGUUGGGUCGCAGCAGGGCGGUCUGGAUUGGAUGCUCCCACACAAUGACGAGUCCAAGCUCAAAUCAGAAGGCUCGGUGACUCGAAUCGUGAGCCAAGAUACCUUUACCAGCGGUCUUGAUUUACUGCCAACAGACUCAGACGACACAGAAGGUCUGAUCCGAUUCUCACAGGACAAUCUGAACAUUCCGGCACUGGGCUGGGUUCAGAACGACGUGUCCUCACGCAGCACUGAGUCUUCCGGUCUCUCGAUGCUGACCGACAUGCUCAUCCUUUCUGAGGCGAGAAGCGCGAUGGAUCUGAUUGAUGGCACAACAAGACCUAUGGUGGCGACCUCGUUACGGAAAUUGGCCAAUCCAGCUCCCGCCGACGCCAGCCCUUGCACAUCCCAAGGUGAUGAAGUCGUCCGCCUGUACCUCGAUGAACUGAACGACUCGCAGCUCCUUCCAUUAUCGAUGUACGACGCAUUCGCACCGCUGCUGGAAGAAUCCCGCAUUGGCCUCCCCAGCUCUCCAGGUCGAAAAGCACCGUCGCUGGAUAACCCGUCCGCAAUCUCACUCGUGACGGAAGUCGCCCCUUACAUCCGCUGCAUCGUAUCACACGAUCAACGGCUGGAACAGUUGCGAAACGAACUACAUGGUGGUGCAAGGCAGCACGGGUCAUCAAAGAGGCAGCGCCGCACCAGGGCAGCAAGGGCAGCAUUGGAAGGUGCGGAUAAGAGUACAGUAAGAAGAGAUAAGUGGUUUCCCGAAGAGUUGGAUUGGGGUGCAGUGAUGAGGACGGCGGGCAAUGAGUGGCCUCAAGCCAGAGACAGAGACGUGGAGGCAUGGGACAUCAGUUCUGCUGCUCAGACACCUUCCUCGUCGAUAGGAAUGGAAGUGGACGCUAAUGAGCCUGCGUCGCACAAGUCCUGA